AUGGCAACCCCAGGGACCUCAGAACCCCCAGCACCCACCCCAGCGGGUGAUCUCUCCGGGGAGGGCCCCAGAGCCGCCCCCCCUCCCGAUAUACCUCCAGAGCCCAAGCAGCUCCUGGAGCUGAUCUGCCUGAAGCGAGAUGGAGGCCACCUGAGUGGGGGAGACAUAAAGGGGGCCACGCUCAUGGGCACCCGACUGCAAGGCAUGGAUCUGGAGGAGACUGUGGCGCUGACCCAGGCCCUGGCCAACUCUGGGGGGAAGCCGGAGUGGCCAGAGACCUGGCGCCAGCAGCUCGUGGACAAACACUCCACAGGGGGAGUGGGCGACAAGGUCAGCCUGGUCCCGGCACCUGUCCGGGCUGCCUGUAGCUGCAAGGUUCCUGUGAUCAGCAGACAUGGUUUGGGGCACAUAGGGGGCACCUUGGGUAAACUAGAGUCUAUUCCUGGAUUCACUGUCAUCCAGAGCCCCAAACAGAUGCGAGGCCUGCUGGAGAGAGUGGGCUGCUGUGUUGUGGGGGGUCAGAGCAAGAAGCUGCUUCCUGCGGAUGGAGUCCUAUAUGAAGCCAGAGAUGUGACAGCAACUGCUGACAGCCUGCCCCUCGUCACAGCCUCCAUCCUCAGCAAAAAGGUGGUGCAGAGCCUGUCUGCUCUGGUGGGGGACGUGAGGUUCGGAGGGGCUGCCAUCUUCCCUGGCCGGACGGAGGCCCGGGAACUGGCAAGAGCACUGGUUGCUGUAGGGUCAGGCCUGGGGCUUCACGUUGCAGCGGCUCUGACAGCUAUGGACAACCCCCUGGGCCGUAGUGUAGGCCACACCCUGGAGGUGGAGGAGGCUCUGCUUUGCUUGGACGGCGCCUGGCCACCAGACCUGCGGGACCUGGUAACUAAGCUCGGGGGCGCCCUGCUCUGGCUUAGCGGAUGGGCGGAGGCCCAGGAGGAGCGUGCUGCCCUGGUGGUUGCGACGCUGCACCACGGCUCAGCCAGGGACCAUUUCGAGCGAAUGCUAGAGAUGUAGGGUGUGGACCCGGGCCUGGCCCGAGCUCAAUGUUCCGGAACCCCUGCGCAGCGCCGGCAGCUGCUACUCCGCGCCUGGAAGAAAGAGGAGCUACUCGCGCCCGUCUACGGCACUGUGGAAGUCAUCCGGGCCCUGCCGCUGGCACGAGUGGUGCACGAUGGAGCCGGGCGCAGCCGUGCCGGAGAGCCGCUUCGACUCGGGGUGGGCGCUGGGCGCCGAGCUGGGUCGGCUUGGGGAGUGCACCUGGAUAAUCCAGCGCUCAGCGGCUCGCAGCGCAGCGCCCACCAGGAGGCGCUCGUGCUCUCGGACCUCGAGCUCGGUGCCCCCUCGCCCUACGCUGAGCUCAUUUUGCCGCCGACUAAAGUGCAGGAAUAA